AUGCGUUUCACUGCCCUUGCCACUGCCAUUCUGCCUCUUGCUUGCAAUGUUUUGGCCCUCCCAGCCAAGACCGGAGAGGCCCCAAAGCUUGAUGUUUCCCUGAGCCAGGUUGACAACACCCUCAUCAAGGCUGUUGUCAAGAACACUGGCAGCGAGGACAUCACCUUUGUGCACCUGAACUUCUUCCGUGACAAGGCUCCCGUGAAGAAGGUAUCACUCUUCCGCAACGCAACGGAACUGCCGUUCCAGGGUAUCAAGCAGCGGUUCAGAACCGAAGGGCUCACUGAGGACGCCCUGACGGUUCUUGCUCCUGGUGAAUCCAUCGAGGAUGAGUUUGAUAUCGCUGCUACCAGUGACCUGUCUGAGGGCGGAAGCAUCACCAUCAGCACGGAUGGUUUUGUGCCCAUCGCCACUGGCAACAAGAUCACCGGUUCAGUGCCUUACUCCUCGAAUGAGCUCUCCAUCGAGGUAGACGCCGCUCAAGCCGCAUCUGUGGCCUCCGCUGUCAAGCCCCUUGACAAGCGCACCAAGGUUGCCUCAUGCUCUGGGACUAGAUCGAGUGCUCUCUCCACAGCUCUGAAGAACACUGUGUCCCUGGCCAACGCCGCUGCAUCGGCUGCCCAGUCUGGCUCGUCUUCCCGGUUUCAGGAGUACUUCAAGACUACGUCCAGCUCGGUGCGUAGCACUGUGGCUGCUCGAUUCCGUGCCGUGGCGAGUGAGGCAUCCAGCACCUCCUCCGGCUCUACCACGUACUACUGCACCGAUACAUACGGCUACUGCAGCUCUAAUGUUCUGGCGUACACGCUGCCUGCGUACAACAUCAUUGCCAACUGCGACAUCUACUACACGUACUUGUCUGCUCUCACUAGAACUUGCCACGCCCAGGACCAGGCGACUACCACUCUGCACGAAUUCACCCACGCUCCCGGAGUCUACAGCCCGGGAACCGAUGAUCUCGGCUAUGGAUAUGACGCAGCGACUGCGUUGAGUUCCAGCCAGGCGCUGAACAACGCUGACACCUACGCCCUGUUUGCCAAUGCCGUGAACCUCAACUGCUAG